AAUAUUCUAGCGCUAUUUUCACCCCUUCAUUCCCCACAUCUCUAUUUUCUUCUCAAACUUUUCUUCACUCUGUUCCAAAUCAUUUGACUCCUUAAAGAGGCAGAGAAGGUUUAAAUGGCAAUCUCCGAGAAGAAUGGUCCAUUGGACUUUACUACAUUCCAUAAUGUUAUUAACAAUGAACUGACCUCGACCGCUGUGACUCAUCACGGGAUCAAUCCGGCCACCACGGAGCCCAAUCCGGAGGUGCCUGUCGCUACUCAAGAAGAUCUGGACAAGGCAGUCGAAGCAGCCCGUGCCGCUUUCAAGACGUGGUCCAAGGUCUCUUUUGAAGAGCGCCGCGCCGCACUCCUGGCCUAUGCCGAUGCCAUUGACACUAACAUCGAUGGAUUUGCCAAGACUCUCACAAUGGAGCAAGGCAAGCCUAUGACCCAGUCUACCACUGAAGUUGGCAUGGCAGGUGCGUGGAUUCGGGGACUCACUGACUUUGAAAUCCCCACGAAUGUCAUCGAAGAGACUGAAGAUCGUAAGAUCAUUCAGCGUUAUACUCCCAUGGGUGUGGCGGGUGCUAUCGUGCCUUGGAAUUUCCCGGUCCUUUUGGCUAUCGGCAAGAUCGUAUCUGCUGUGUAUACUGGAAACACGGUUAUUGUGAAGCCGUCUCCAUUCACCCCAUACUGUGGCCUAAAGUUGGUUGAGCUGGCUACACGGUUCUUCCCCCCUGGCGUUGUGCAGUGUCUGAGCGGCGAUGAUAGUCUGGGUCCUAUGAUUACCGAGCACCCCGGUAUUGACAAGAUUUCCUUUACUGGAUCGAUUGCCACUGGUAAACGCGUUAUGGCCAGCUGUGCUAAGACCUUGAAGCGUGUUACCCUUGAAUUAGGCGGUAAUGACCCGUCGAUCAUCUGCGAAGAUGUCGAUAUUGAUGCGAUUAUACCUAAGAUUGGGAUUCUCUCCUACCUGUGUAGCUCCCAGAUCUGUAUGAUGAUUAAGCGACUCUAUGUGCACGAGAAGAUCUACGAUCAGUUCUUAGAGAAGUUAGUUACCUUCGUCAAGACUCUUAAGGUUGGAGACGGUACCGAAGCCGACGUCUUCUUUGGCCCUAUCCAGAAUCAAAUGCAAUUCGAGAAGGCCAAGGACUUGUUUAGCUCUAUCUCUACUGAGAAGUUGAAAGCCGUUCUUGGUGGCUCGAUCGAGGAAUCCAAGGGAUACUUCAUCCACCCGACUAUCAUUUCGAACCCGCCCGAGUCCUCUCGUGUGGUGCAGGAGGAACCAUUCGCCCCUAUCCUCCCUGUUAUGAAGUGGUCCGAUGAGGAUGAUGUGAUCGCGAAGGCUAAUGCGUUGGAGACAGGAUUGGGCGCUUCGGUCUGGUGUAAGGACUUUGAGCGGGCCACUCGUAUCGCCGACCAAUUGGAGUCUGGUGUGGUUUGGGUGAACUCGCACUUUGAUGUUGCGCCUAACGCGCCGUUUGGUGGGCACAAGCAGAGUGGUGUCGGUGUUGAAUGGGGUCUGUCUGGUCUGUUGAGCUACUGCAACUCGCAGACGCAGUGGUUGAAGAAGAGCUUUUAGUUGUGUUAUUUAGCUUUGGUCCGUAGACAUAUGUUACAUACAAGAUGCCGAACUGAGAACCAGCGUGGUAUCACUUAACCUCAGUAAUUGAUUUGACUUUCUCAGUAGUGCGAUAUUCACU